UUUCAGUGGUUCAUAAUAUCACUACCUUAAACGGCGAUGGUGAAACUACUGCUAUCGCUUGGUUUAUAAAAAUAAACUGUUUUCCAAUCCUCCGAAUUGAGUAGCUUCAGAUGUAGUUUUCAUACCAAUGAAAAUCAAAAUAAUAUGCGCCGUUUACUUGUGAAAAUUCAGAAACACCCUAUAGUUUAAGAGUUUUCCUUGAAGGAAGGUUACUCGUAUUUCUUCAUUCUCCAAAAUAUCAAAAUCAUAAAACUGAUUCUGUUAUGAUAUUCAAAGGUCGAUUAUAUAAAACAAUGGAUUGAAAAUGCGCAAUUCUCGACGCCCCGGCAUGUAGAUAAUAUGGAUGCGGCUAAUUUGAGGGUUGUUAUUCGAUGCGCGAAGGAUGCACACGUUAAACUCGAAAACGCAUACGCUGAGGAACGGGUUAAACUCGAAAACGCAUACGCUGAGGAACGGGUUAAACUCGAAAACGCAUACGCUGAGGAACGACGUCGGAGAUUAGUUUAUCAAUCCUUCAUCGAUAUUAGUGCUUCGACUAAGAAACUGUUCCAGUCUUGCUGGCCACUUUGGGCUGGCUCGAAACCAAAUAAGUACGGUGUAGAAGAGUGGAAAACAUUAUUACUGAACGUAGAAAAUCCGGUUAUAUUUCAACUGCGAAAAACAUUGCUCGAAUCAAGCAUAGGAACUGAAAAAUUCAUCGAACAAGUGAUGGGACUGGAAUCAAAAAGAAACGAUCUUGCACACAAGAGUACUGAAAAAGCUGAACGUGAAGAAGCAGAGGAGGAAAUGAGAAAAAAGCUAGAAGAAUCACAGGUGGUUACGUAUGAUGCUGUCCAAGCAGCAUUAAGACUGUUGAAGGGUAAAGACAAAGUUGAAAACAAGCCUGUUUCUCAGGACGAUCCUUUGUUUACUGAUGUUUCGAAAGAACGGCUCAACUACAGAUUAUUACGAAUGCCCCACCUCUCUUUUGAUACUGAUAUUGAAACAAUUAUCAAAAAGAUAAUAUUCGAGGAUUAUACUAGUUCUGGUGGUGAAAAAAUCCCGCAACCGCAAGGCAUUUGGGUUAGCAACGAAGGUGGUUACUUGCUAUUCGAAUCUUUCGAUGACGCAUACACUGUUUGGUCUGACGAGGGAGUUUUCGACCAUUUUAACGGAUGGCAAGUAAAGGACAUGGUUAUUGAAGAUGCCCUGUACUACAACGAAUAUCAGUCCAUAUCGGUUAAAAUCAAGCUCAAGUCAGCAGGGUGGACAAUCGAAAAAUAUAAGACAGAGGUAGGUUGUGGCAAUGCCUUGAUGAUAAUAAUAUCAAAGGACGAAGAUCUUUUAUUCUUAAUUUACCAAAGAAUAGACCGAGCAUUAAUACAUUACGAAAAAUGUAAGGCGAAAUUAGGUUAUAGUAAUGUGGAAUUCUUACCAGUUAAACCAAAAUUAAUGGCAGAAAGUAAAACGAUGUCUGAAAAGGAAUUCUUUAAUCCCCACUGAUGGAUCCACAAUCGGCCAGGGAGAAAUAGCACCCCAAAUUUGAAAAUAAAUUCUUUAGAAAAAAUGUAAUAAAAUAAAUUUAAAUUGGUAAGUAACUAAUUCUCCAAAAAAAAAAAGAAAAUCCGAUAUAGAAAAUGUUUCAAAAAAAAAAUUCGUGCAAUUGU